GCGUCAUCGCCGCGCGUCUGGCCGAGAGGCGUGCGGCCGGCCGGCAUGGCGCUCUUCCACGUCGCGCGGUACGCGGGCCCCGAGGCGGCCGGGCCGGAGCCCGGGGCGGACGGCCGGGCUCGCGCGCUGCUGGAGCGGCUGCAGUGCCGGGCCCGAGAGCGGCAGCGGCGGAAGCAGCAGCAGGAGCCCGCGGGGGCCGCGCAGAACUCGGAGGCGGCGGGACGGCGGCGGCGGCGGCCGCGCAGAGCGCGGAGGCGCGAGUGCGGCGGGCCGCCGGGGAGCCCGCAGGCGCCGCGGGGGAAGCGGCGGAAAGUGGACGGCGAGGACGCGGACGCAGGGAGCGGCGAGGAGGAGCCCGGGGAGAACAGCGCGAGCGCCCAGGCCGCGGGGCCGCCGGGGGACUCGGGAGAACGGCCCCCCGAAGAGGCUUCGGGGCCUCCCGCCCACGCCCUUCUGCUCGGGGGCUUUGAGAGAAGCAGGGCGCCAAAGGUCCAGCCUUUCCUGCCCUCGUGGUUGGCUGAGCCAAGCUGUGUCGGAAAGAGCGUCACCGAAGAUUCGGUGCCUAUCGAGGACAUCCCCGCCGUCCAUCCUGACAUGCAGAAGCAGCUGCGGGCACAUGGCAUCUCCUCCUACUUUCCAGUCCAGGCCGCGGUGAUUCCUGCUCUCCUGGAGAGCACAGCUAACGGGUUUCUGGUGGCCAGAGGCGGCUACCGGCCCAGCGACCUUUGCGUGUCUGCCCCAACGGGCAGCGGGAAGACCCUGGCCUUCGUCAUCCCCGUGGUACAGGCCCUGCUGUGUCGUGCCGUGUGCCAGGUCCGAGCCUUGGUCGUGCUGCCCACCAAGGAGCUGGCCCAGCAGGUGAGCAAAGUGUUCAACGUCUACACGGACGCCACUCCUCUGCGUGUCGCCCUGAUCACUGGGCAGAAAUCGCUGGUCAAGGAGCAGGAGACUCUCGUUCAGAGGACAGCAGACGGCUUCCGCUGCUUGGCUGACGUGGUGGUGGCCACCCCUGGCCGCCUGGUGGACCACAUCGACCAGACCCCGGGGUUCAGCCUCCGGCAUCUCCGCUUCCUGGUCAUCGACGAGGCCGACCGGAUGAUCGACAGCAUGCACCAGUCCUGGCUGCCCCGGGUGGUGGAGGCGGCCUUCCCGAGCGAUAGCGCCAAGGACCCCUGUGCUCUGCUCCAGAGGAGGCAGCUCCGGGCCACCACUGCCGCCAGCAUCUGCUGCCCUCAGAUGCCGCUGCAGAAGCUGCUCUUCUCGGCCACCCUGACACAGAACCCCGAGAAGCUGCAGCAGCUGGGCCUCCACCAGCCCCGGCUCUUCUCCACGGGGCUGGCACGCGGGGGCCCCAAAGACGUGGACGCGGACGGGGACUCGGGCGGGAAGUACACCUUCCCCGCGGGGCUCUCGCACUGCUACGUCCCCUGCAGCCUCCGCACGAAGCCACUGGUCAUCCUGCACCUGAUGCUGGAGAUGAACUUUUCCAGGGUCCUCUGCUUUACCAACUCCCGCGAGAACUCACACAGGCUCUUCCUGCUAGUCCAGGCUUUCGGAGGUGUGACGGCGGCCGAGUUCUCCUCCCGCUGCGGGCCUGGCCAGAGAAAGGUGGUCUUGAAGCAGUUUGAGCAGGGCAAGAUCCGCCUCCUCAUCAGCACAGACGCCACAGCUCGAGGCAUCGACGUGCAGGGUGUGCAGCUGGUCGUCAACUACGACGCCCCCCAGUACCUGCGGACCUACGUGCACCGGGUCGGGAGAACCGCCCGCGCGGGAAGAACCGGACAGGCCUUCACGCUGCUGCUCAAGGUGCAGGAGAGGAGGUUCCUCCGGAUGCUGGCCGAGGCGGGGGCACCGGAGCUGGCACGGCACGACAUCCCCGGCGAGCUCCUGAGGCCGCUGGUCCCUCGCUACGAGGAGGCCUUGUCCCAGCUGGAGCAGGCCGUCAAGGAAGAGCGAAGACAGAAGGCGGCCUAGACGCACUCAGAGGACGCUGCAGAGCAGCCCCUUCCCGCCCCGUGCCACCUGCUGGGCUUAGCCACCUCCUUUCUGGAAAAUCCUGAGCGCCGCCUGCCGCAUAUGUGAACAGAAGACAGGUUUCUCGGAUUUCCAAAGAAGCGACCGGCUGAGAGGGUGCUUGUCCCCCCCUUCCGCUGCCGCCUCGUGCCCGGCUCCAGGACAGUCCCUGCAGCAGGCCUGGCUCCGGGCCCAGGGUGAGGGUCUGGGGGAGGCUCGGUGGCCUCUGUGCACGGUGCUCUCUGCAAGCAGGGCUUAGUAGGACCGUUCCCGCGGUCCAGAGCUGGCAGGGCGGCCUCGGGGGUCUAGCCUCGAGCCACUUGGGUCCCCACGGUGCCCGCCGUCCCGCGUCACACAGGUUGCCCUGCGUCCCGCACUGGCACCUGGCUCGGGGGCUGGCUGGCGUGUGACGUCUCCUGGUGCCGUCCCAGCGUGGCGUGCCUGCAUCCCCGUGGCAUCGGCGUGGACCAGACCACACGCGCUUUCCUGUCAGUCACCACGUGGGAGCGGGGUAAGCCCGGCAGCGCGCCACGACGUUCCGUUGCUUCAGAAGCGCUGACCCGCCGCCGUGCCAAGGGUUUGUUUCCACGGUUCAUUUGCAGAAAUUAAAACAACCUUACAAACCAG